UUUUUAACAGAAUCUCUUUAAUGUUUAUUUAUUCUGAGACACAGAGCGAGAUGGAGCAUGAGCAGGGGAGGGACAGAGAGAGAAGGAACAAGAGAAUCCCCAGCAGGCUCCAUGCUGUCAGCUCAGAGCCCACACAGGGUUCAAUCUCACGAACUGUGAGACCAUGACCUCCGUGGAAAUCAAGGGUGGAUGCUUAGCCGACUCAGCCAUUCAGGCGCCACGAGAGUACACUUACCUUAAUUAGCAUUGGGAAAUGUAUAGAAUUCUUGAAUCAUUGUAUUAUACCCCUGAAAGUAAUAUAACACUGUAUGUCAAUUAUACUUGAAUUAAAAUAAAAUAAAAAAUGCAAGUUAAUCUCUAUUAUAUAUUAGAUUUAGGUUUCAGUGUAUGGGUGACAUUUUAAGUUGGAUUAAUCUUCAAAAUAAUCUAUUAGGACAAGAAAAAUAAGGUGCUGAUCAACUGUUUUGGCGGGACAAAAUACGAUAGGGAAAAUCGUGUAAAUUUUUUCCUUAAGCUGUUCAGAGCCGCAUUAUUGUAAAACGUAACAGACUGUCAACAACCUAAACACCAGCACUUGAAUAUUAGGUAAAUAAAUUGAAUAAGAAUACGGCGAAGUACUGGACCCAAAUAGUUUUAGAAGUGAAAAGGAAACAUGCCUAACAAUUACUGUUAAUGGGGAAAAACAAGGAGGCACAAGACCCUAGGUACAAUUCCCUAAAAUACACUUCAAAAAAAGAUUCCCCACUGAUGAUAAUAAUGAUGAUGAGAUUUUCCCUAAGUUCUCUAUUCUUCUAACGUUUUAGUGUCAUAAAUAAAAAUUGGAAGACAAAUGAAAAACGAGAGGAAAAACUACACCUUUACCUUACUGUGUAUUUGUAUACGACAACAUUUGAAAGACGGUCUCAAUAAGGCAAAGAGCUCUUGUAAAGCUCCACGUUCCGUCCUUUGCAGAGGCAAGGAAACCCGAACGUGACCCGACAACCUGCGAGUCUUUCAACAAACUCAAGCCAACCUUCACGGCUCGCCCUGGAAGCUCGGUGGGUCACGGCACGCCUUCCAGAAACGCCUCCCGGCCUCUGCGACGAGGCCGGAAGUGACGCACAAGCUGCGACGCCCGCGCUGGCAGUCCGCUGGCGCCGCCGCCGCCGCCGCCGCCGCCGCCGCCGGAGCGCGCUUUAGGUAGCUUCAGAGACGGCGGGCUUUCCCUGGAUGGUUGCAGCAGGAGGAUCAUGACGGGGAAGAAGUCUUCCCGGGAGAAGCGGCGUAAACGAAGUGGUCAGGAGGCGGCCGCGUCGGUCGCGGCACCGGACCUAGUGCCCGCCCUCGCCAGUAGCGGCAGUGGAAGCACCAGCGGCUGCGGGAGUACCAGCGGCUGCGGGAGCGUCACCUGCUGUGGGAACACCAGCUUCAGUGGAAGUGUCACCGGCGGUGGGAGCGGCGGCAGCUGCUGGGGCGGGAGCAGCGUGGAGCGCAGCGAGCGCCGGAAGCGGCGGAGCACUGACUCAUCUUCCAGCGUCUCGGGGUCUCUGCAGCAGGAUACCAGAUACCUUCUGCCAACUUUGGAAAAAGAAUUAUUCUUGGCAGAGCACAGUGACCUUGAAGAAGGUGGACUGGACCUGACUGUGUCACUAAAACCAGUUAGUUUCUACAUAUCAGACAAAAAAGAAAUGCUUCAGCAGUGUUUCUGUAUCAUAGGCGAGAAGAAGUUACAGAAGAUGCUUCCUGAUGUGUUAAAGAACUGUUCAAUAGAAGAAAUUAAAAAGCUGUGCCAGGAACAGUUAGAGCUCCUAUCUGAAAAAAAAAUCUUGAAGAUUCUUGAGGGUGACAAUGGUAUGGACUCUGAUAUGGAAGAGGAGGCAGAUGAUGGCCCUAAGAUGGGAUCUGAUUUAGUCAGUCAACAAGACAUCUGUAUAGAUUCUACAUCAGCCGUGAGAGAGAACAAACAACCUGAAGGUUUGGAAUUAAAACAAGGCAAAGGGGAAGAUAGUGAUGUACUCAGUAUAAAUGCAGAUGCUUAUGACAGCGACAUAGAAGGCCCAUGCACCGAGGAAGCUGCUGCUCCUGAGGUCCCAGACAAUACAGUCCAGAGCGAAGCUGGUCAGAUAGAGGACCUGGAGAAAGACAUUGAGAAAAGUGUGAAUGAGAUUCUGGGGCUGGCAGAGGGUAGCCCCAAGGAGCCCAAAGCAGCCACCCUGACUGCUCCUCCACCCGAAGACGUUCAGCCUUCCGCACAGCAGCUGGAGCUGCUAGAACUGGAGAUGAGGGCGAGAGCUAUUAAAGCCCUCAUGAAAGCUGGUGACAUAAAAAAGCCAGCCUAGUUACUUGAAUCUGAAUUCUAGGUGUGUUUGAACAAAGCCACGUCGUAUAGUUUUGUAUAUGAAGUUUAUUUUGGGUCUUAUGUGAUAGUUUUCAUGUAACCCUUAUUAGAUAAACUCAUCUUAGGCCUAAAAUACCUGUGGUUUUUUUUGGUUGUUGUUACUUUUAUAUUAUAUAUGUGUCAUUGCUGUAUGAAUUCAUGCCAAAUAUCAUUGGAUAACCUGGAUACUUUGUUGGAUGAGUCUUUAUGUCUGCAAAUUGAUAUCCGAAAAGCCAUUAGCAAAGAGUCACUGUAUUGUUCCCCUUCAUUUUUAAAUGUUUUGGCUUCAGACCUAAAAGCUUAAGAAAGAUUGACCAAGCAUGUUGCUCUUAAGGUUACCUAUAUUUUUGUGGUAGAAAAUUAAAUUAUUGCUCUUAGAUUUAUCAACAAUUUAAGUUUAGUCAUGCUUAUAUGCACUUUUAAAAUAAGUCCAUCUUGAACACACCUUCUCUGGGUGUGGAUUUAACUAGUAAAAACUGAAGAGCAUUUUUUGUUAUCAAGUUUAGAGGGUCUGAAAUGGCUGAGAAAAAUGUUUUGUAUAAAAGAAAAAACGGACUUAAUUUAAGGCCAUUUUUUAAAACAUGGAAGUAAUUGCCCAACUUUAAUUCUAGCAGACAAGCCAUUCUAACAGGUAUUUGAUAUUAUUGGACACUUGGUUCAAGUUUUCUCCUUCGGUAAAAAGGGAACAUAUUUUCAUUUACAUUCCAAGCUAUCAAGAAAAGAAUAUUUUAUUGUACAGGCUUUUAUCUCGUGUUUUCGCUUGAAGAUCUGAUGUGCUAUAAUUCCAUGAAUUAAAAAUAAUAAAGACUAUCAUUCUGGA